AUGUCAACACCACGUCCGACACUUCCGGCCACAGCCAACGACAAGAGCUCAGCGUCUAAGUCUUCGGCUGCCCCAGCUGCUGUGGGCAGCAAGUCCAAGUCCAAGGCCAGAAAGGUGAAGCCAGGCCACAAGCGCACGAUUGCGGAAGAUCUCACGCUGGACAAGCAAACACCCAUCAUGGAUGUGAAGGCGGAAGUGGCGAAGAUCCUAGAGGCACUGAUUCCAAGAUCUCCGAGCCAGUCGGCCCUGCAGAUGAUAGGGUUUGGGUUAAGCGUGCAGAUUGCAGGUGAUUUAACCUUGGUCAGGAAAUGGGUCUUUUGGGACCUCUUUGCCGGCACAGCACGAAUUUCAGCCAGUCUGCGCGCGAUGGCGGACUUGACCUCGCUGCCCACGUCCUUGGGCGCUACCUGGGCCAUGGGCCCUGUGGUUGACAUUGCUAGGCCAGAUGUGCGCUGUGAUGUUAUGUUGCGUCCUCCGAGUUUCCAGGCCAGACGAACGGAUGCCGAGUGGAAGGAGCUUCGCGAGAGGGCUGAGAGGCUGUGGAACUUUUCCAUCCAUGUGUGUCAGCACCAGCUCUCCCAGGGGCGUGCAGCCAGUCUGGAAAAUCCACCUGGGAGUUACGCUUGGCAGCUUCAGCGAUCGCAGCAAGUCCUGGGCCUGGGUGCUGAGAAGAUGACGAUCUACGGCACGUCGAGCUGCAGCUGGGGCAUGGUAGAUCCAGUGUCCGGCCGUCCUUACCGCAAGCCUCAGCGUUUCGCCUGCUCUGAAUCCCUGGCCAGUCUCAAGAGGAAGUGCCAGUGCAAGCAACAGGGCAAGAAACAUCAGACGGCCAGCGGACAUGCCAGAGGCCACGGCCGUAG